AUGGCAUCCAUUGGCCCUGCCCGCUGCGCAAAUAUCACCGGCCUCCCGGAGCUCACCUACCCCAACACCUGCGGCGUCCCAAUCUACCAACAAUGGAAUGCCACACAAGACCCCUACACAACCUUGGGAGAAUGCUGCCACGAAGUAAACGGGACGAUAGGCUACUUUGGCCAGGAGAGCUGCGCUGCAUAUUGCAAUGCUACGGAGAGUACCCGCGAGCAAUUACAUGAUUGCCUUGCGCAGUCACGGGAGAUUAAUCAGUUUGGAUGCUCCGGUGCGGCGGUGACGAGGGGGAGUUUGUGGAAGGCUGUGGUGGUGAUGGGAUUGACUUGUCUGCGGGAAGCGCUUGAUUUGGACCAAAGCUGGUCCCCUUCACACGUACAGCUCAUCGUAGAAGAUACUUGCGCUUCGGCGUUUGCGAAAGACAAUACUCACGUCUUGGCCGUACCCGCCGCGCAAUUGACGGUGCCGAUUGGAGAAAGGGUCAGUGAGGGCAGUCGAGUGAUGAUGGAUCUGCGCGACAGAUGGGUGGCGUGCAACACGAUUGACGACGGCCAGAGCGUUGCCGUUAGCGCGCUGUACUCUCCAAACGACAUCUAUGCUGUUGCUUUGAGGGGUGAUGGCAUCCAGUGGGCAGAGCGUGUCUUCAUAUUCUUUUGA